UCGUUCAAAAUGAAAUUCGUAGUAUUUUUGGUUCUUAUCGCCGUGGCCUUUGCUGACCGGCUAUACGAGGCCCCAGCACGGGAUGCCUCUGAUGAGAUCGCCAUCUUGAGGGACGACCGCGUGAUCGAGGACGACGGACGGUACAACUUCGACAUGGAGACAGCCAACGGCAUCGUCAUGUCUGAGUCUGGCUCUCCUACAGGAGACGAGGGAGCCAUCAACAGCGCCGGCUCUUUUUCGUACACCGCUCCUGACGGCACUAAGGUCCACCUCCAGUACGUAGCUGAUGAGGGCGGCUUCCAGCCACAGGGCGCCCAUCUGCCAGUAGCCCCCGAGUUCCCCCACCCGAUCCCCCAGUUCGUCCUCGACCAGAUCGCCUUCGCCGCGGAGGAGGACGCCCGCAAUGCCCGUGGAGAAGUCUCCCGCUCCUAUGGUGCCCCUCAUGAUGACUAAUCAACUUAUCUCGAUUGUGACAAUUACCUAAGAUGAAGAGUGUAUGUAUGUGUAUGUAGUUUAUUUAUUGUUACGUGAAUAAAUUUGGUCGUUGU